AUGAGUAAACGUUCGAAAAAAGAUCGUUCAUUGCCACCUGCAGCAUCACCACCAGAAUUGUUAACACCAUCAACAGUGCUAAAAGUGGGUGAAGCAUUUAUUGUAUUACGUCGAGCACCGAACAAGAAUGGCGUAACGGAUGAACGCUGUCUUGCAACGGUCGUGGAAAUUCGUGAAGGUGAACAAGCAAGCACAUCUGCAUCUUCUACUUCGACAAUUACAACUACCACCACUUUAUCAUCGGAUGAUAUGGAUGUCUGUAAGGUUUGCACAAAUUUAUUAAAUGAUGUGUCGGGUGAAAACGUUUCGGUAGAAGCGGACAUUGCUGCAAGAAAGGAACAAUUUAAGAUGUAUUAUGUUCAUUACGAUGGCAUGGAUAGACGACUGGAUGAAUGGGUGGGAAGAAAUCGUAUUGUGGCAAGAGCAAAUCCGAACGCUUUUACUUCUGUUUUGUCGGUACCAUCAUCGUUAACUGGUACCCUGGAAAGUGGAACGUUAACUCGAAGUCAGCGACGUAUACACGAAGAAUUUAAUCAUGUGCAAAGAAGUUAUGAAGAUAUGGAUGCAACAACAGCAAAGCUUGAAAAAGAACAUGCAGAGAUGACAAAAGUAAAAAAUAUCGACAAGAUACGGUACGGUGAUUAUGAGAUAGACGCAUGGUACGUCUCACCAUAUCCGGAUGAAUAUAGUAAGGCAGCAAUACUGUACAUAUGUGAAUAUUGUUUGGCUUAUAUGCGAACGGAAGCGGAAUACUGCUGUCAUAUGUUACAUUACUGUGAUCGACGACAACCGCCAGGUGAUGAAAUAUAUCGUGACGGGAAUUUAUCGGUUUAUGAAGUUGACGGGAAAACAAAUAAGGCUUAUUGUCAAUGUCUUUGCCUGCUAUCAAAAUUAUUCCUGGACCACAAAACGCUAUUUUUUGAUGUUGAAACUUUCUUGUUUUAUGUGCUGUGCGAGGUUGAUGAAGUAGGCGCUCACGUGGUUGGUCAUUUUUCUAAAGAACGACUUUCUGCAAACAAUCUUGCGUGUAUUAUGGUUUUACCGCCGUUUCAACGGAAGGGUUACGGGAAAUUGCUUAUACAGUUGAGUUAUGAAUUGUCCAGUCGUGAAGGAGUAAUUGGAACGCCCGAAAAACCGUUGUCUGAUUUGGGGAAAGUUAGUUACCGUAGCUACUGGUGGUGGAUAUUACUAGAAGCCCUUGAUAGGCUGAAUAUUGAUGAUGUAACGGUAUCAGAUUUGAGUUCUGCUUCUGGUGUUGCCGAAGAUGAUAUAAUUUCUACCUUACAAACAAUGCAGUUAAUUAAAUAUUGGAAAGGUGAUCAUGUCGUACGGAUGACAAGACGACUUGUUGAGCACUGCAAAUCAAUUAGUAUGGGACGUCCACCCAAGUUACUUCUUGAUCCUGAUCUUUUACGUUGGUGGCCAAAGAAACGGCGUCAGAUCAGUCAUCGCGACUAA